AUGGCUAAUACAUCUGGUCAGACCCAGCAGUCGUCGGCGACUCCAGUCUAUAUUUUACGGGGACAUGCUGCCCCAAUACAUGCAUUGAACGUCUUUGCGCAGAACCUGCGACUUGUUUCCGGGGAUGCGGAUGGCUGGGUAGUCAUCUGGGAUCUGGUCACUAAACGACCAAUCACGGUAUGGAAGGCACAUGAGGGCGCUGUGCUGGAAGUGAAGGGCUUCACUGUUGGUCCACAAAUAUCAGAGAUUUAUACACAUGGUCGCGACCACAAACUCUGUGUCUGGAAGCUUCGAGUAGAAGAUGAAACGUUCCUCGACAAGACACUCCCAGUUGACAUGGCUAGCUCUGCCAUUCCGGAAAAAAGGACUCAGCCGUGGCUGCUUCACUCUCUACCUGUCAACGCGCUCAAUUUCUGCGCCUUUUCAAUGGCCUUCAUAGAUGUGGCUGGGGGCACAUCUUUAGGAGGCGUUCGGAAGGAGCCAGAUACAACACGCCAGGAUGUUCUUUUCGCUGUACCCAAUGCUAUCGACUCAGGAGGAAUUGACAUCUUCCACCUCCCAUCUGAGCGCCGGCUUACUACCAUAAAAUCAGAUCCAUCAGUUAAAACCGGAAUGCUGAUGGCCGUCAGUCUUUUUGUAUCACCAUCCGGAGAUGUCUUCGUUGCUUCUGCCUUCGAAGACGGGCAUGUCAUGGUUUUCAUGCAUAAGGGCCCUCUCAGUCCAGCCACCUUCGAGCUCACCAACAUCAGUUCAAAUCCCUGGAAGUGGAAUAAGCUCUACGCCAGUCGUCCUCAUACCCAACCAGUUCUAUCCCUCGAUGUCUCUCCCUCACACAAUUAUUUCAUCUCAUCUUCCGCUGAUGCCUUGCUCAUCAAACACCCGAUUCCUCGCCCCGGCUUUGAGGGGUAUACCUCUGCUGCGAACUAUACAGAAGACAAGGCAUUGAAAACAAUUAACACGAAACAUUCUGGGCAGCAGGGGCUUCGCAUUCGAAGCGACGGAAAGGUGUUCGCGACUGCUGGUUGGGACAGCAGGGUCAGGGUGUAUUCUGGCAAAACAAUGAAGGAGCUAGCUGUGCUUAGAUGGCAUAAGGAAGGGUGCUACGCUGUUGCGUUUGGGGUAACGAAUCCAAUUUUCCAGCCAACUCCUGAUACAGAUGAGGUCAAAGAUUCGAGUAGUCAGGAAUCAACUCAAGAAACGAGCAGAGGAGAAGCGCCGGAGAGGUCGCUCGCGACUGUGCACCAUCAACGAUACCAAAAAGUACAACAAACUCACUGGCUAGCGGCUGGAUCCAAGGAUGGAAAGAUUUCAUUAUGGGAUAUCUAUUGA